AUGGCGAGCCACCUCAUCGAGCUGGUGGAGCGGGCGAAGCUACGGGCCACGGCAGGGCAGGAGGCCGAGCUGCCGCGACAGGCAGUGCGCGCAGUCCCGGGCCUCGCUUUGGGCCUGGCCUUGGCGCCCGAGCAGCGCCCCACGGCGCUGGAGCUGUGGACGAUCCAGGAAGAGCGGUCCAAGCUGGCAACGCUGUCGACAGGUGUGGCCCUGCGGACGCUCUUCAAGGAGACCCCGCGGCUCAGCCGACAGGCGCUGGGGGACUUGCUAGAGGCCCUCGGAGAGCCGCCAGGCACUUGCGCUGCUUUGGUGAAGACCGUCUUUUCCGCCACCGGCUCGAAUGGCACUUUGAAGACCGAGACAUUUCUGGAGUGGCUUUUCCAAGAGCCACCGUUUUCUGGCUGA